AUGACGGUCUUCAUUAAGUCGCAUUUAGUGGUGACGCAGGUGCAGUGCCCACCACCUGAAGCCCCACGACAUGGGAAAGCAGUAUACACGUCCUGCGCAUACAACUCCGUUGUAUCAUAUGAAUGCAAAUAUGGAUAUCGCCUUGUGGGUGAUGCGACGAGGAGAUGCGGUGCAGACAAAAAGUGGUCAGGAACUCAGCCUGUAUGCAAGGAAAUCAAUUGCGGACAUCCAGGACAACUGUGGAAUGGUUGGCUCGAAAAUAUAUCAUCGGGUACAGGAUUAGGAGCAUCCAUUAUAUUUAGAUGCCAAGAUGGAAUGAAGAUGGAGGGCAAUGGAUCUGCUAUAUGUCAAAGUGAUGGAACUUGGAGUCAUCCUUUACCACAAUGUUUAGCACCAUGUGUAGUUCCACAUGUGUCACAAGGAAAAGUCGUGUUAAUGGAAAACAGGACAGGAGAAAACGAUACACAGGAACACACUCAAAUAGUUGGAAGCUCUUCAAUGGUGCAACAUGGUGAGAUGAUUCUUGUUGACUGUGAAAAAAACUAUGAAUUUCCGUCCAAUAACGUUGCUGUUACGUGCAAUAAUGGAACUUGGACUCAGAUACCAAGAUGUCAACCAGCGAGGUGUAAAAAAAUGCCCAAAUUCCCUCGCCACGGUAUGGUUGUAGCGCCUAAAACAGAACAUGGUAUGAAAGCUAGAUUCCGAUGUAAAGAUGGAUUUGAAUUGAAAGGCAACCCAAUUGUUGUUUGUUCAUUUGGCGUCUGGAGUGGUGAGACUCCAAAGUGCGAAGAAGUAUUCUGUCCAUUCCCUGGUUAUAUAGAAAAUGGAAAAGUUCUUCUAGUAGGUAACAUGGGGUUAUACGAUUACCGUCCAUAUGUUAAGAAGGUAGUAAAUAAUAAACAAAUUAUGUACGAAUGUGAGAAAGGUUACGUAUUGUCGGAAGGGCCACCGGGAGCUACUUGUGUUGGUGGUCACUGGAGUCCGAGGGAGCUCCCUAAAUGUACACUUUAUCAACACCCACGUAUAAGAUGGAGUCGGCGACGUAGAUCUAUUUCGGAAUCAGAAUUGCGACAUAAAAGAUCCACGUAUUUACGCCAGUAUUAUAACAAAAUACGAAGACAAUCAGACCCUUCUCAAGAGCAAAUGGAUGAACUUUAUGACAAAUAUAAUCAUGAUAAUCAAAAACCAACACUACGCCAUGCUAACUUUAAGCUUAUGAAGAAAUACGAUGUAGAUUUCGAAGAAGAUGAUGACGUUAUUGGUUCAGAUGUACCUAGCGGAGAAAACUUUCCGACAGCUAUUUAUACGGUAUAUAAUAUACAGGGAGAACCCAUAGCACAUAAGUUUUAUUCUUACCAACCAGUUUACGAACCUGAAGAUGAUGAUUUAGUUCACCGUGUGGAUUCAUCUGAAUAUGAAGACUCAGAAGACCUAGAAAAUGAUUCUCAUAUUACAAUAUUAAAAGGUGGAAUGUUUCCAGACCAUGAGGUUGAGACCAACGAAAUAUCGGAAAAUAUAAAUAAAUUAAAACACCAAUACUUUGAAAGAUAUGUAGACAAGAGAAGAAAAAGAUUUUUAAGUAAUAAAAGUACCGAAAAUGUUAAGACAGACAUUGAUUUUGAACUAAAUGCCACAGAAAGUAACGUACAUUCAAUAACACAAGUAAAAGAACACGCUAAGUCAAGACAUAAACGUGACAUAAACAUAGAAGAAUUUGAUACGCAAGUGUCAACUGUCUCACAAGAUCUAAAAGUAACUAGUGAUAUUGAUUCAGAUCUACUUAAAGUAAUCCCGUUACCUAUAUCUAAAAAUAUAACACGAGAAAUAGGAGAGAAGGAAAUAGCGGUUUUACCACUACAAUUUAAAAACACUAAUUCUACAGAAGUGGAAAGGACCGAUAAACGUGAAAAAAGAACGAGUAGAAAAACUGACAGGCUAAAUCAAACUACAGCCAGUGUACCUAAAACAGGACGAGAAGGCAAAGGUGGUAGAAAUAGACAACAAUCACAGUCAAGUAGUGAGGAUGACAGAAAUCAAAGCGUUGAGACAAAGGACGGUAAUGAAAAUGGUAAUAAAACAGAAAAAGGCAAAAAAGGUAGACCAAAGAGUCCGUGUGAAGCAAUUGAAAGCGAACCUUAUGUAAAUAUAGAAGUUGUUAAGUAUGGGCGUGAUCCAAAUAAUACUUUUAGCUCUGGAACUAUCGUCAGAGUCGCUUGUGGCAAGGGAUAUGUUCUUAAUUUAGAGCCCAAUGCGACGGCCAAAUGUGUUCGAGGAAGAUGGAAACCAGAGAAACCCAUAUGUGAAAUUCAAUCAUGUCAUGUGCCCUCCACUGAAUACGGAAUAUACACAAUGUCACCAAGUAAUGCGGGAAGCUUGGUCUCUGGACUAAAUCAAGGUGAUGAAAAGGAGUUAAAUGAAACAGAUCCUGUACCAAAUGGUCAAGUGGUGCAUUUUUCUUGCGAAUAUGGAUAUAACGUACAAGGACCUACAAAUCUACGCUGCUGGCUCGGCGAAUGGGCAGUAACUAGUAUGCCAGAAUGUGUUGCAGCCCCGUGUGAGCUUCCAAUCCUGCAUGGUGCCACAUAUGAAGCAGGUUACAGAGCAGGUCUGACGGUAGCACAUGCGUCGUCAGUAAACAUUGCAUGUGAACUUGGACGAUCACCACCCGCUACGUUAAACUGCCAUUUGGGAAGAUUGCAACCUACUGUACUCGAUUUUUGUAGACCUUUAGCUAAUUUAAGUCGUCCACGACCAACGUCAGAAUAUCAGAGUGGUUCAGAUAUAGUUAGAGAAGACAUCAGCGAAUUGGAACCUGAUUUGCAAGGAAAGGAGGUCGUAGAGUGUGGACCGCCGGCCAGGGUGCAGGGAACUCUUAUAUAUCGAGAUGGAUCAGAAGUAAAUGAAACUGUUGAAGUUGAUGGGUAUCCUCAUGGAACUGAAGUCACGUUUCGGUGUAUUGCGUCUAUUAUGGGAGAGAAGACUACUUGGAAGUUAAUUUGUGAACAAGGAAACUGGGUCGGGAAAAGUUUUAACUGCGAAGACCUAGAAGCUCAAAGUGAAGAACUCCUUAGCAACAACAGUUGUACAUUUCGCAAUGAGGAACCCCAUGUUGUAUCCUUCUUCAAUGAUUUAGAAAUUACCGAAACCGUCGAUUUUCCACCGGGUUCAGUAAUAAUUUCAAGAUGCAGUGAUGUUGGUAAAUAUGCAAUGACUGGAUCACAAGUGCGAAGAUGUGUCGGAGGUUCCUGGGACGGUGUAAAACCAACUUGCUUCGGGCUAAAUCAAGAAAACGACUAUGCUAUGGAAAAACCGCCAACAAUACUAUUCAGACAUUCCCAGGGACCAAUUGCGCAAACGAACGACGGUAAACUAUUAGUAUAUCCUGGAGCAGUUUUACAUAUGGAAUGUUUAUGGAUGAGGAGGUUUGGUAACCCAAAAUGGAAUGUAACACAUCAUGAUCCUGAAUCUGAUAGAAAAUAUACAGAAGGUUGGACGACAGACCCUGGACGAGAUAGUAGCUUAGAAUAUAGGCUUAGCAUUAUGAACGCUGUAAAAGAAGAUUCUGGAAUAUAUCGAUGUGAAACACCAGCCCGACAGAGCCAUCAAGUUGAGAUUAUUGUUGAAGAUGUGCAUUGCCCACCACUGCCGAUCCGUCGAGGGCUCGUUGCGAGUACUUCCGGCACGCAACUCGGCACUGAAAUCAAAUUCUCUUGUGCUAACGGCAACGCUCUACUCGGUUCGCAGACGCUGGUGUGCAGAGCUUCAGGAAACUGGAGUGCACCUUUGCCUGUGUGCGAAAGUGUAGAAUGCGGUGAGGUGUUACAAGAUAUGCCUAUUAGAGAAGGCGAGAGAAGACCCCGAGUAGCUGUAGUAUCACGCGGGGUGGGAGGAAGAGCAGCUUUCUCUUGUCCCCCAGGCUGGGCUUUAGACGGUCCCACGGAGACUGUGUGUUUACCGGCAGCAGAUUGGUCAAGACCAUUCCCUGUUUGUAAAGAGGUUUCCUGCCCAGCAUUGCCUCCUCCAGCAUCUGGGUACGUGCUAGGAAGGGCACCAUAUAGAGCUGGUGACGUACUCCAGUUCCACUGCAACCCUGAGCAUACGCUGCACGGUCGACCGAUACUUGUCUGCCAAGAUAGUGGACGAUGGAGUGAUAAGCCACCGACAUGUGCUCAAGCUUGUACGUAUCCAGGAACAACGAUAUCAGGUCGUAUGUCAUCAGUCAAGUUUUACUACAAAAUUGGCGAAACUAUCUCUUUCACUUGCGAGCCUGGAUAUCGACUCGAUGGGGCAACUAUGCUCAGAUGUCUCAAGAACAGAAAAUGGUCGAACUCCAUACCCCUCUGCACACCCAUAAGCAACUACACCUCCGACACCAUCGCGAUGUUUAACGGAGACAUCGACGCCAUGUUGUCAGACGAUGCAAUUUUGACAACUGACAUUUUAAAAAGGCGCGAAACGCCGGCCAUCUUGUCACCACAAAGCUAUAAAGCUGCUAUGACACGGAUGGCAGCAACUCGAAUGUUACGAAGAUCGCCAUUAGAGACUUACAAAAACAGAAUUUUUAGAGUAAAUAGAUUAUUAAGGAGAGACACGGAGAGA